AGUUGGCAAAGUGUUCAUUCGUUCACUAGAUUUCGUGGGAAUUAAUAACAAAAAAAGCCAUAGAACGAAUGGGUCUCUAAACUAUUUUACACUAUUUACCUCUUAUAAUAUACAAAGUAGUCAUAUUAAUAAUAAAUGACGUGUGGUUAUUUAAAUAUUGAUUAAAACAACCAAACACCGACUGUAGUUUCACAACGCAACAACAAAUAAACACAACAACGACAAGAUAGUGAGUGAAUGACGUAGUAGUGUGGCAUAAACUAAACAUUUGAAGUUCAAAAAGCCGCAACAACUAAGCAAGUAAUAAACAUAUCUACAAAAACAACAUCAGCUAUAAGUUAAAUUGACAAAUUACACGCCAAGGAGGAGAAGAAGAAGAAAUAAUUAAACACAAAAAUGCCUAAACCUGAUGUGCGAAAACGCAAGCUAAGUUCCAGCGAUGACAAAAAUGCUUCAGUCUCCACCACCCGCCGUAAGUCACCCAGCAGUGGUAAUUCUGGCGGAGGUUUACCCAGUGGCCUCAAAUUAUCAUUCUUAUGUUUAAUUGUAUCAGUUUGCCUGCUUUUGGUAGUAUUUGGUUUAUAUAUUGACACAACCAGUCCAUUUCUAGUACAAUUAGCGUCCAAAUUGGGUUACAAUAAAAAUCAAUAUGCUGUGAUUAUUGAUGCUGGAUCGACCGGUAGUCGUGUCUUGGCCUAUAAAUUUGAUCGUAGUUUUAUAGAUAACAAAUUGGUACUCUCCGAUGAGCUGUUCAAAGAACGCAAACCCGGCCUUUCAUCAUUUGCUGAUGCCCCAGAAAAGGGUGCCCAUUCCAUUAAAUUACUUUUGGAUGAGGCUCGGGCUUUUAUACCCAAAGACAAAUGGUCUUCCACGCCGUUAGUACUUAAAGCUACAGCUGGUUUACGUCUUCUGCCCCAUAGCAAAGCGGAAAAUCUUCUCAAUGCUGUACGCGAUCUUUUCACCAAAUCUGAAUUCAGUGUUGAUAUGGAUGCAGUUGAGAUUAUGGAUGGCACCGAUGAGGGUAUAUUCUCAUGGUUUACUGUUAACUUUUUGCUGGGACGUCUAUCGAAAACAAAUCAGGCAGCUGCCUUGGAUUUAGGUGGUGGCAGUACCCAGGUGACAUUUUCGCCCACCGACCCCGAACAAGUACCGGUAUAUGAAAAAUACAUGCACGAGGUGAAUACCCUGAAUCAAAAGGUCAAUGUCUUUACUCAUUCCUAUUUGGGUUUGGGUUUAAUGGCGGCAAGACAUGCUGUCUUCACCAAAGGUUAUGCCAAAGAUGAAACAAGCUUAGAAUCGAUUUGUGUUAAUCCCAUCAUAUCGAAUCGUACAUGGAUUUACAGUAAUGUGGAAUAUAAGAUCUCGGGCAAAGAUCAUGCCAAAUCUACGCAAGAAAAUCCCAUUGUUGAUUUUGAUGCCUGUUUGGAUUUGAUUAAAAGUAAAGUGAUGCCAUUGGUUAAGCCCAAGCCCUUCACCCUGAAAGAACACACGAUUGCGGCAUUUAGUUAUUAUUUUGAAAGGGCCACCGAAUCGGGUUUAAUUGAUCCCUUUGCUGGUGGUGAAAUUACCGUUGAAGCUUAUCGCAAGAAAGCCCAAGCUGUAUGUGCCAUACCCAAUGAUGAGCAACCGUUUAUGUGCUUUGAUUUGACAUAUAUCUCUGUGCUGCUGCACGAAGGUUUUGGUUUGGGCGAGGGCAAGAAAAUUAAACUGUACAAAAAAAUCGAUGGCCAUGAGAUAUCUUGGGCCCUGGGCUGUGCCUACAACGUUUUAAUGAGUGAUGAUAAAUUUAAUUCCUAGAUUUUUUUGUUUGUUUAAUUUAAUUUGUUUUUAGAAUAUUUUUUUUAGUAUUCCUCCCCCCUCUCCAUUAAUUUUUCGUUUGUUUACCUUGUAGUAUGUGGUGUGCUGCUAAAUAUGCUAUAGUGCCUUAGAAUGUAGCCUUUUUAGUUCGUUUGUUAUUCUGUUUUGUUUCUCUUUCCUCUAUGCACAUAUCACUUAACCAACCAUUCUAAAUUCGGAACAUUUUCAUGCUUUUUAAGCUACUGAAUAUCUAGUUAUGUUUAGAUAUUAUUGUUAUCUACUUUGAGCAGGAAAUGUAGUUCACUUUUGUAUUGAUAUUAUAACUACUAUAUUAUUGUAAAUAUAGUAUUUGAUUUUAAGUUUUCUCUUUUUAUUAUUAUUGAAAA